UGGCGUCCGUGGAGUGAUCCGUCACAAAUGGCGGCGACAUUCGCAAUGGUUCGUCGCGCGCGCGUUUUUUGUGUCGUAGUUCAAUAGGAAGACUUUUAGUGUAAUAGUAAAUUUAUAAUUAGAAAAUUCAAGUCCCUAAAAAUUUGUGUAUAUGCAAAGACAGUGUUUAAAUCAUAAAUCAUACUGUAAAAUGUAGCUCUAAUGGAAUCCCUCGAAGACACGAAUUGUUAUUCUCUGAGUGAUAAUUUUUCACUAUAUGAGCGUUACAUGAGAAGCUUUAAUGUGGUGGACCACCUCGUAGAUGGUGCAAACAACCGUGAAGCUUGUGAACCGUCGUCUAGCGAUUCACAACAAAGCUCAGUGAGCCGAGGUAAUAUUGAUUUGACCGUGGCUCCAGUUGACGUAAUAAAUAAACAUUGCGAAACAGCUGAGACCGAAUGCAAUCUUAUUCAUUUAGCCACAUAUGACAACACUGUUGAGAAAAACUUUAACUUGGACACAGAUUUAGUUGCUAAAACAGAUUCUCCGUGUAACUUGUCGUCGCAUGAAAAUUCAUCGACGACUAUUGACCGCAGCCUCUUGCAGGACAAAUCUAACCACACCGACGUGCAUGUGUCGUCUGAGGAGUCGAAAGCGGAGACGUGUACACAGCCCGUGUUCAUAACCUCCACUAUGGAGAACAGUAACAACGCGGUGGACAGCGUGCCCCUGUUUCGUGACGUGCGACCCUCGGAGAGCGUGUUCAAGCUGCCCACGAGCGAGUUGUCUUUUAACGGUACCAUAAAACACGUGAAAAAGUUGAAACCUAUCGUAGAUCCGAUAACUGCGUUGAGUUGCAGUAACCGACUCGUCGCGUUGGAGGACAAGUCGGCAGAAACAUCGGCGAGCAGCUCCGAAAGUGAGGAGAUUAAAUGUGAUCAGAAAACUAUCGACAUAUCAAAUGAUACAAAUACAUAUAGUAGGACAGAACAGACUUCAGAGAGUACAGGUGACUCUCAGUAUGACGAAUUUAGUAGUAAAAAGAAUUUCGCCGCGGCUAACGAUGAGGGAUCGUCAAAGUGGAACUUUGACCAUAGUUACUCUUCACUUGAAGGAUCCUUUGACAGUGGAGUGAGGUCCCCUGACAUGUUUUCUGAUGAGGAAGACGAUGAGGAGGUUCAGGCUCCUGAGUCUGAACCUUUUUGGAGUUUCCUCAAAGACUAUGAAGCUUAUGACAAGAGGAAAGUGAAAAAGAUGGAGGAAAUCCUACAAGGAGUGUUACCACCACCAUCUGUCACAAUUCUUCGCACUGAUAUCGUAGAGAUGCUAAAGAAAUAUUACUGUUAUCUACCCUUAUUCAAUGACAGCGAAAAAGUCAACACACCAGAAGUAAACUCAACCACACCAAAAAAGAUGGUAUCCUUUGUUGAAAUACCAGAGCAGUUGGCUUUGCCCAAAAUGCUUAGUGACAUAGAAGCUUCAAAGGGUUCUUCUAGCGAAAUAAUGGUAAAGCACGAAGAGAACUUGACAUUGAACACUAGUAGUGACUUGAAUGUAAGUGACAAAAGUGUAGAGAUAAAAUUGGGCACUGAGAUGGAAGCUGCGGAGACAGCAUGGCCAGAAGUGUUGAAGUGCAGAUAUUAUGAUGUAUAUUACAAUGUAACCAAAUACUCUGAAAGAUUCGAGCUACUGGCUUUGAGAUACGGUGAGAGAUAUGUCGGUGCCGAAACUGACACGAGUGUGAACAUACACUCCGGCGGUCUACAGUCUCCAAGCAGCGCUAGCAAACGGAAAGCAUUGCGUUUGAAAAUGGCCCAAGCGAAGUCUCCCGGGCGUCGGCUCUCGCACUUGGCACGCAGGCGGCAAGCCUUCUGUAGCGCCGCCACCAUCAACGAGAAGGCUCAGACCUCGGCACCCAAAAUGGUCUUGAUUGAUAAAAAAAAACUGAUAAAUUCCGCCGAAAGGAAAAGUCCGCGAUACAAACGCACUCCAGGGAAGAAAACGCCACGAAGAACCCCGGGGAAGAAAACUCCGGCAAAGACACCCACAACGCGCAGCGGCGGCUCCAGUAAAAAGAAGGCUAUGAGACGACUAUUACUGGACUCCGAGACGCUAUCAAGAACUCAACCAACCCGAGAAACAUUAAAAAGAGCUCUCUUCAUAAGUCCAGAAAAUAAGAAGAUACCGCAGUCUUCGUGUUCUUCGGUGCCAGUACAAGCAAUGAAGUCCAGACGGGCUUUAUUCGGGUCGCCUAUUAGGACGGAGGAAACCAAAAGUUUGGACGGCACUCAAAGCGACCACUUUUUGAAACGCAAGUUGGACGCUUUGGAUGAACAGCCGGAGAGCAGCAGGAGUAAGAUAGCAAAGAGUCUGUCGUUCGGAGGAGAUACGAUCAGCAACGCACAUUCGAUAGGGUUCAGCCGCCGCUCGUCUGAGGUGUUCACUGCUAGGAACACGACGGAGCUGAAUGAAACACAUAAGAAGAAGCUGCUGUGGGCGGUGUCGGAGGCGCUGCGCGUGCACGGCUGGCGCAUGUCGUCGGCGGGGUUCCGCGAGAAGGCGUCGGCCCUGGCGCGCCUCACGCGCCGCCUGCUCGCGCUGCCGCCGCACGCCGCGCGCCUCGCCGCGCCCAGCCUCUCCACCUCCGACACCAUGCUCAAGCUUGCCCGUCAAUACGUGUUCGCGAUCAUCCAGGGCCGCUCAGUAGAAGACUGUUUCCAAGAAGAGCAGAUGAAGUUAGCUAAUGAAGCCAACGGUAAGGUGACGGGCUACAUCUCCGCCACCGCGUACCAACAAAGAGCCCGCCAAGUCUCCAGUACUUUCACGUCACAAAUAAAAGAGAACUACGACCUAUCCAUAAAACAGGACCCGCCUAAAAGCGCUUCAAAAAAUGUCCUCCAAGAUAAACUAGUUAAUAUAGACACUAACUCCAAUAGCAGUAGCGGACUUAGUUUAUUCGAUAAAUCUGGAGUUGGUCUCUUCAAGUCCAACUCCAUGCCCUCCUUCGAAGAAGCCGCAAAGAUGCGCGCUCGAAGGCAAAUCAGUUUUGACAAUAUUGACUUGCCUAAAAGGUGAAAUGUGUUUGUUGUGUCCUUUAUUUGAAUUUGUAAAGAGAUGGAUAUUUGCAAUUUUUUUUUUGUAAUAACGUUAAUUUUGUAAAUAUUAUUUAUUGUUUUAAGUUAUCAUAAGACAAGUAGUGUUUCAUUUAUAUUUGACUGAUUUACACCCGUUUUCAAUAAACGAUCUCAAUCUUCAAUCCGAUUCCGAGAAUGAACCAAUCAUAAUUCAUUUGUAAGCAUGUCAAAACAAUGUUCGUUCUGUUUGGUCCAUUUUUAGAUAGAUCGAAAAAAGCUAUUGGGAUUGUUUAUUGAAAACAGCGGUUAGGCGCUGGCAUAUUCGCUUUAAUUAUGGACGGGUCUAUUGAAGCCGAAGUAUGUAAACGUAUUUGUUUCUCAAUGUAGCCAUAUAAGAGCUUCCUUUUAACUUGUCUUUGCGAGUCCUUACGUAUAACUUGUGUGUUAGUAUGAAUUUUAUUUAUGAGGAAAAAUCCCACUUUAUAGUUACUUGACAUACAGUCGUGGCGCUGCGCGUGCGGCUUGACAUUAAAUACUGGGAACUGGAUAGAGUUUAAUUAUAAUUAUCGAAUAUUUUUCCUUGCUAACUUUAGUUUUGCCUGAAUUUUCUGAUACAUAGCCGACAUUUUGUUAUGAAAAAUAGUUAUCGAACACAACGCUAUAUUAGUAACGUGUUUAAUUUGUUUAAGUGUGAAUUUGCUUACGCAUAUAUUACUAUUGCUGAGCCCGAUCUCAGAUACCGAUAAGAAAUAAAUUAUUUUUCAUCGA